GUGGUGUCUGGCUGUGCCCGAUGUCAGCGCAUGCUCCCUCUGGGCCCUCCGGCCGUCUUCCGCCAUUUUUAGCGAAACAUCAUGUUGGUUUGGUGCGUUUGUAUGCCAUGACGCAGAAGUUUCUGCAAUGGGCGAAACAUAUGUGAACCUACAGUUUUUGGACCGCACUGGCCUCGCAGUUGAGGAAGAUAACCUUCUAGAUGACAUCCUCGGUUCUGGUAGCAAAUGGGUAGAGUUGCCAUGGCGGGCGGAGUUGGACUAUCCUAUUACCUGGGACGUCCAAAUCGAACAUGGGGUGGAACUGGAUUCAGGGUACCAGGGUGGCGGCAGUGUGCCACAGCCCGUGGCGAGCCACGUGGCUGGGCCCGAGGUGCCCGAUCAGCCACCAUAUAUGAUGCACCCGGUGUAUAUGCCACACGCAGUGUACACCCCUCAGUAUUCACCCAGCCACCAUCCACCCAUGAUACCUCAAGAGAUAACCUUUGACCUCGGUGAGCAGCCGUCCCCUGCGCCCGUGCAGCCUGCCUCACACCCGACGGCGCUCGAAGGAGGGGGCAAGCGAAGCGGGGGUCGCAGGGGCUAUCGUGGCAAGGGCGCACACCACAUGCACUCGCAGGUGGCUAGGGGAGUGGACGGCGUGCAGCCCGGCAUCGAGGUGCUGGAGCGCAUGGGAGAGCCCCUGCACCAGGUGCCGGUAGGGUACCACCAGGGGCCCCUUCACCACCCCCACCAGCAGCCGGGGAGCGUAUACGCCGGGGGCAUGCAUGCCUUCGGGGCCCAGUACGGCCCUCCCCCGGUGGCCCACCCGGCCCCCGUGUACUUCAUGUACACGCAUUGCACGCCCCAGCCGCAGGGCUACUACGGCCCGACAGGGCACCCCCCGGGACCUCUGUCCUUCGUACCGACGAUGGUCCCCCCACGCGCGAGUGCCCUGGUGCCCACAAGCACAGCUGGCGGGGAGCCUGUGGUGGCGGCUCACUUUGCCGACACCCUGAUCGAACUCGAGCCUGCUGCCCCGGAGGAGGUGCCCCAGGAGGAGGAGCAGGAGGAGGUGCCCCACGAGGCCCCCGUCAAGGCAGCCCAGCAGAAAGGGGAGGCCGUGAAGGCAGCGGAAGACGAGCUUCCCCCCAAGGUGGUCGCACCUCCCGAAGAGGCACAGUGGGAUGCUCCUGUCCGCCUUCAGGAGGCAAAGGAGCCUGCCAUCAAGGAGGCCGUGGCAGCUCCCACCAGUGGCGUCGCACCCUGUCCGCCGGCGGCCCCCAUUUCUCCAGUGGAAGAGAGCGUGCCCGGUGCCCUGGCCACACCCACCACUCCCAUCGUCAAUGGGACGGCGGCCUCGCGCAAGUCUUGGGCCGACCUGUUCAAGGGAGGUGGAGGUACUGCACCGUCUCCUGUGGACGGGCCGGUGCCGCCCACUGAGCAGAGCGUGGUUACAACAGCAAGCGACUGGGAAGACGAACUGACCCCUGCUUCGCAUGACGAGGCGCUCGACGUAGCUCUCGGCAAGGCUCUCCACCACUGCUCCGUGAAUCACAAGCCGCGUUACAUCCAGCCCCGGGGGCUUGAGAAUGGCAAGAACUGGUGCUACAUCAAUGCUAACCUCCAAGCAUUGCUGGCAUGUCCAGCCUUCUAUAACCUGUUACUGAGUCUGCCACUAAACACCAGUCUGCAGAAGGGCCCCACUGGAAUCCCCUUUAUUGAAUGCCUACUAUAUUUUCUUCAAACAUACAAGAAGCCUUUUGUGACUGAUGCGGCAAAAAAGGACGAGGUGGUUAUUGGCUCUCCCUACGACCCCGAGCCCUUCCGCGAUCUCCUCAUGAAGGUCAAGCCCGACUGCAAAAAGGGUAAGCAGGAAGAUGCUGAGGAGUUCCUGAGCUUUUUGCUGAACGGCCUGCAUGACGAGAUGGUGAGCCUAAUGCGGUCUGCCAGCAACGGGCUCAAUGGCCAGUGCAACGGGGAGGCCCAUCAGGAGGAGGACAGCGGGACCUGGCUCACUGUGAGCCACCGCAACCGCAGCCUCGUCACCCGCUCGGCCAUCUACUCCCGUUCACCACUCAUGGAAAUCUUCGGAGGGGAGAUGCGAUCAUGUGUGAUGGCCGACGGAGAGUCCUCUGCCUCUCUACAGCCCUUUUUCACGCUGCAGUUGGACAUUCAGGAUGGCUUCAAGUCUGUGGAGGAUGCCCUGAACCACUUGGCUGCUGAGGAAUCGGUGCAGCAUUACCGGAGCAGCAAGAGCAACCAGGAGGUGGACGCUCUGCGUAGGACCACUUUGGAGAAGCUGCCAAUGGUGCUGAUUUUGCACCUAAAGCGUUUUGUAUAUGACAAGAAUGGAGGUUGCAAGAAGCUAAUGACCGCCAUCAACAUCCCACACGAGCUGACAAUGGACCGCAAGUGGCUAUCCAACGACAGGCUACCGGUCAAGAUGCGUUCCUACAAUCUUUUUGCGGUGCUCAGCCACAGUGGGGAGCGCACUGACAAGGGCCACUACGUGACAGACGCCUACCAUCCUGCGGGGCGCCUCUGGCUACGCUGCGACGAUGACAAUGUGACGCCCUUACCGGAGGGAGACUUGCUGCGUUUUGACAACUCGUCCCUCGUCCCCUACCUCCUCUUCUACCGCCGUCGAGAGACCGAUCCUCGCACUCGGUGAGAGGAACGGUGCCAAGUGCUUGCAGUGUGUUCUCACAAGUUGUAGUGCAUCCGAAGAACAAAGUUGCUCUGGACAGCAAGAAAACUUCUGUGACAAUUCCUCGAGGGAGCGUGGGCUGGGGAGAGGUGGAGACUGGCUUGAGGGUGUGUGUGCAGGUGCUUGUGCGUGUUUCACUGUAGACUCAAGCGGUGAGGGCAGCCAGACUGGCUUGUGGUGCUGCCAGACUCUUCGAGGGACGUGGCCGAGGUACACUUGAAGGCUCUCGUAAACAGAACUGCUUGCGAGCUUUCUUUUUUCUCUUUUUGGGAGUCUGUUGUUUUGUUACUGCCUUUUUCUUUUUUUUUAUUUCUUUUUCCUUGCUUUGCUUGAUAUUGGGUUAUAUUUACGUCAUACUAAUGUAGCCCAUUUUUGCCAGGUGACUGUAAAUUGUUGCCGUUUUCACAGUGUAUCUCUGUUUCUGGUUUUCUCCUUGCAUGUGCACACCUAUUUAUUACUGCCCCAGCCCCUUUUGCCGUUUUUUCCCCCCCUCUGUAAGUUGCGGCCAUUAGUGCUGAGAGUGAGGGGGAGGGAGAGCAGGGCAGGGACUCUUCCUCCCCCCCCCCCCCCCCCCCCCCCGUUUUCUCGUGUGUUUAUUACAUGUGGCAAUCGUAUUGCCACUGGCCUUGUUUUUUUUGUGUGUUUGGAAUGUACAUAGUGGCAUUUAGAAAUGACAAGUCAGAACAUAGUACUCUAGUUAGGAAGAUGUGAUUAACUGAUGGUCCCAGAGCUUCAUUCUCCUGACGGAUUGGCUCACAAGGACUGUGUCAGUGCCCCCGGGAGAUGGAGAAACACUAGGAAAGGAUACAACCACCUACAAAGUGCCUCAUUCUUUAACAUGCAAUGUUGUUGAAUUCUAGUGUUGGUUAUAGCUUCUCUUUGAUUUGUUUUUAAGAUGUGCUUUAAGGAGAACUCUUGGCUUUCACAUUUACUUCCCCUAGCCAACUGAUGAUAUGUUUAUGUGUAUGACUGGGUAUUGUUUAUUUUUGUGGACUUCCUGCCCAUCAGCAUUGUUUGCUCAGUGAUUAGCAUGACUGCGGUUAUAACUGCUGUAGGAUGGUGUUAGUCCAUUUAAACCUGGUCAUAGCACCUAAAACAGAUUUUAUUGGGCCAGGCCUAUUGCCUUGGUGCAUUGUUGCGAAGAAUAGCGGAGGGCUGAGCCUGCCUGGUUUUACUUGGUGUGUAUGCUUCAUUUAUUUAACUUCUGUAUAUUUUUGUACUGCAUUUUUUUCCGACCUCAAAUGUAGCUGGGUCCCAAAUGCCACCAGCUAUUUGAGCCUCCAAAAUAAUAAACCCAUAUUAGUUUUACUGGUUCUCCAGUUUCAAACUUGGUAGAGUGUGAUUAGGGUUUAGGCAGCCUUUACUCACAGAAGGAACCGGAGCUAGGUAACCUUGGACCCUGCACUCUUUGGAAAAAGCUAUUCGCAGUUGGAUUGGGAACAUUUUUCGGGGGGCGUUUCCAGCUAUUCCAGGCUUUUCUUGAUAAUAGACAUAUUUGGGAACUGAAGGAAUGGCACACAGCACGACUAAAAUGGUUUGCCCAGUUUUCUGGUAAAUUAGGUGUGGGAGGGGAAAAUCAAUAAGCAUAUAUCAUGGUGUUUCCCUGCUUUUGUAUAAUAUUGGAUGUGAACGGUGGGAAAGAGUGCCUUGGUUUUUCAUUGGUUAGAGCUAGUCAGGUUGGUGAAACUGCCGAGACAGGUUGGUUGACAAGAGAAUGGUUGCCGGGAGCUUUGUGAUGCCUGAUGCGCUUGGAUGUCUGAGUUGCUGAUGAUUUCUUUUAAAAGUGUACAUAAAGAAACAGUGAUAUUGUGA